UUUUUUUUAUCUUCACCAAACACUUAUAGAGAUGCAAUCUUUCACAUCUCUAUCCUCAAUAGGUACAAACACACCAUCCUGAAUUACCCCCAAACAUAAAGAAACAGAUUUUACUCGAGUCUUUUGUGUCCCCUGUUUUUCCUGUUCAACCCUAUGUUUUUAUCUGUUCAUCGAUAUUUCUUGCUUCUUUUAGUUUCUUGUUUCUUUCUUUCUUUAUUCUUGUCUAUGCCUAUGGUAGAGUUGAUUCAGAAUUUUAAAUGGGGAGAGCAACCGUGCCUGAUAUAAAAGGGAAAGGUUUCAGUGAAUUGGAUAAGGAAACCAAAGCGAAUAAAGUUCCCGAUACGAAUAAAAUUAGAAACACUACUUCUUCAGAUAACCGGGGAAAGAAGAGCAGGAGGCGACAAAGGAAGAUGAUGGCGUUGCCGGCGUCUGCUGUGGUGCACCCGGUUCAAAGGCUUUUCAAUGCUUGCAAGGACGUUUUCGCCUUUGCCCGAACUGGAUUUGUCCCUUCUCCCGAUGAAAUUGAACUGCUUAGCGCUCUUUUGGAUGAAAUUCGGCCAGGUGAUGUUGGUCUUACCCCACGGAUGCCGUUUUUCAGUCCGCAAGUAACUCGACGAGCUCCGACGAUAGCAUACCUGCACAUCCACGAGUGCGAAAGGUUUUCAAUUGGCAUCUUUUGCUUGCCUCCAUCCGGUGUCCUUCCGCUUCACAAUCACCCUGGAAUGACUGUAUUCAGUAAGCUUCUCUUUGGGACUAUGCACAUCAAAUCAUAUGAUUGGGUUGUCCCUACCACAUCAGCUGUUGUGGAUCCUUCACAAACUCAACAUUCGGAAGUCCGGUUGGCUAAGGUUAAGGUGGAUUCCGACUUGACUGCGCCUUGCAAGACCUCCAUACUUUAUCCAGCUGAUGGAGGCAACAUGCAUUGCUUCACUGCUGUGACGGCAUGUGCAGUGUUGGAUGUUCUAGGCCCUCCUUAUUCGGAUCCCGAAGGAAGGCACUGUACGUACUACUACGACUACCAUUUCACAAGAUUCCCAGCUUAUGAGCAGGUAUCAAUACCAGAAGAAGAGAAAGCUAAGGUAGCUUGGCUUCAAGAGAGGGACAAACCUGAGGAUUUGGUGGUUGUUGGAGCUCCAUACACUGGUCCCGAAAUUAUGGAAAGCUAAUCUCAAAGCCCUCAUCACAUCUCUUGCAAU